UCUUACAUAGUUUUUACAGAAAAAUUCUCUAACAUUCAAAUAACAGCACAUAUUAUAAUACUAAUAUUUUAUAAAAAUAUUGCCCAUUUGAUUCCAAUAUUUUAUUCAGCAUUCAGACUUGUUUAUGCGCCACCAUCACACUAUUUAUCCUCUGUAAAGGCCAAAACUAACCCCCUCCUUCCUCCCCUGCCCCUGGCAAAAACAGAACCAAAGCAUCACUUUUUUUUUCACCCAUUUCAGCUACAAUUUUGGGUUUGAGAUUUUGGUCUUGUUCUGACAAAAACAUGGCUUCAAUAUUGAGCUCGCAAGGAGUGGUAUUAGCCACAGCUAUGGCAGUCUCUGGCACUGUAAUUCUCCUUGCUUUUCGUCUGCAGAAAUCUUUACCUCUUGAUCAAAUCUCCCAGCCUUCUCAACAAGUCCUCCGCUCUUGCAUAACUUCUGAAGGGAAGAAGAGGGAGAAGAAAAAGAAGAAGAAAGUGCACUUUGCGGAAGAUGUGAUGGAUCCGAGAGGAGAUGGGGAAGAGUUCAGGAGACAGCUGAUGAAGAAUCCUGUUAGAAUAGGUAGCAACAAUAAUUCUCCGGCCGCUUUAAACUCAUCACCAAAGUUCAAGAAAAUUGGUGGUGGUAAAGAUAGAGGAAUGCCCGCUAACAGAGUUGCUCUUUACAAUGGAAUUCUAAGGGAUCGUGUUGUUCAACGACUGGCUUAUUCUUACUGAGAAAAAGGAUAACAGAUUUUCAUUUUUAUUUUUAUUUUUGUACAAUCAAAUUUGUGCUUUUUUUUCGCUACAGUCUGUGUAGUUUGUAAUUAUGUAAAUACUAUGUAAUUAUGUAAUUUUUUCUUAAUAUUUUGGUUUUAUUAUUUCUACAUGAGAAUCUUCUUGUUUGAUUUUUAUCUCAAUAAAAAUAAACAGUGUUACGUUUGAUCUU